AUGGCCUUAAUGCAAAAAAAGAAACGUUUUACCUUUUUUGGUUCUCCGCCAAAAUCACCUACUGUUGGCUCUUCAUUUUUUACUAGUUACAUUCCCUCUCAAGAUAACCAAGAAUUGAAAUAUCCGGUAUUAGAUGAUGUGCGUAAAGCGGAAAACAAUUUGGAACGCCUGGUGAUGGCAGCCGAUGCUUAUCGAGAUUUAAUGGAUAGAUUAAGCAAGGCUUCUAAGCAUUUUAGUAAAGCUUUAAAGGAUUAUGGAAAUGGAAAAGGACUAGAUACUACGUAUGCUAUGUGCAUGCAGACCUCAUCUCAGUUUUAUGAAAAUCACGCAGAUGUUUUAGGAAAAUUGAAUAAAGCUUUACAAAAAGAUUUUGAUCUACUUCAAAAACUUUGGGAUAAGUACUCAAGAAAAUCAGCCAAAGAUGAAAAAGCUCAUAAUGACUAUGUUGGCGACCUAGAUAGGCAAAUUAGAAAAAUUGGCAAGGAUUAUGAAAAGAAAUCAAAGAGAGAUAAUCAAUCAGGUUUAGAGCUAUACGAU